CUUUUUUUGUUGUUGAGAAUUUGGUCGGAAGGUCGCUUCUUUCAAUCUUAUUUAUUUACUUCCUUACUAUAAUUUCUUAUGAUUUUCAAUGGAUAUAGUUUCGGCUUAUGCAAAAUGGCAAUUUCUAUGGCUUCGGCUGGAUUGAAGGAAAUGAUGGAAAUGAUAUGAAAUUCAAUUCCAGUAAUUUUUGGAUUAAGUAGAGAACACCAAUUGGUGUUUCUGGUUCACUCUCUACUCAGAUUGCCAAGGUUGAUGUGAAAGUUAUUUUGAAGGGAGUUUUAUUUUGAUAAUGGGGCAAAAUUAUGAUCCUGUUUACAAGGAAGAGACGCCUGAUUCUGGCCGGAUGAUCAUCAUGCACCCUCUUUACCUUCCCAAGUUACCACCUUGGUUAGAUCUGAAGGUUUUUUACAUAAGAAUCUGCAACUAUGAGGUUGAUGAAUCAACUCCGGGCCAUCUUACUGUUAAUCACAUUCCAUUACACCCUGAUACUGUUCUUGAAGUGAAUGGUCGGAGAAGUAGCAUCUAUUCAGAUUGUGUCUCCUCUUAUCUCAGGAGGGACAGAUUUGAUAAAAAAUCUGAAGAAACCACUUUCGUGAGUACCGAUAAUAUUAGGAUUACUGGAAGUGUUAGAUUUGAGGUGUUUGAUGGAGAUGAUCUCUUACUUACUGGAGUCCUGGAGUUGUGUGAUGAUAAGAAUGAUGAAGGGGAAUCAAAAGGGCGUCAAAAGAAAUGGAGUAUAAAGUGCCAGUCCUUGGUGUCAAGUGGUGUUAGCUUCUUGAAGGGAAAGCAAUAUAAGAGUCCUGAAAUGCCUUUGCCAACAAUAGAAGUUUAUAUUGCUGGUUGCUUCUCUGGUACUCCUAUUAUCCUCACUAAAACGCUUAAAGUUGGUUUGCAGAAGAGAAACCAGAAGUCAGUUCUGGACUCGAUUCCUGAACAUGAUACGGUUGAGCUGAAGAAUGAUGCGUUACAGCUAUCUGAUUAUGAAGACUACAAGAUGGACAGUGAUACCAAUAUUGAUUAUAGCAGUUUAUAUCCCAGAGCAGAAUAUACUGAAGAGGAGGAUGGAGACCUCUCAUGGUUCAAUGCUGGUGUUAGAGUUGGCGUUGGAAUUAGCCUUGGCAUUUGCCUUGGUGUUGGAGUUGGUGUUGGUUUGUUAAUUCGCUCAUACCAAGCCACCAGUAAGAACUUCAAGAGACUACUCUGAUCACGGAUCAUCCUGGCACAAGCUGUUGUCUCCUCUGUUCUUAUUUUUUUCUCUCGAAGCGAUUGAUUUUCACUUCGUUUGGGACGGCUUUCUCACCGCUUCUUAAAGCCGCUUUUUAGUAUUAAAAUUUUAAUUUUUGGAACUAAAAAGUCGCUUUAAGUAGUAAGGAAGCUGUCCCAAAUGAAGCCUUUGUCAGUCAGAUUCCAAAUGACAGCUUGGUCCUCUAUCAAGAGAAGGAAAUCGCUUGGGUAAAAUCAAAUUGCUGGCCUACUAUAUAAAUUUCUCUUGUAUAAAAGGUAUAUUCGCUAUUGUGGAAAGGAAGAUCUGCUUUCUUGGUGCUAUUAAGUAGAUUAUUUCGUGUGUUUAUGAACAAGUGUGUAUUGCAUGGAUCUGUUUUCCCACUUUAGGCUAUUUUUGAAUGCUGUUGAAGUGAUGAAGAAAGAAAAAGUUUUUAAUAGCAAACUUGUGUGAAUAAAUUGCCUGUGGUUGUUAAAAAA